AACUCGUCACAGUUACUAAUAACUAAUUAAAGAGAGUAAAAGAGAGCAAGGUAGGGCGAGAGAGAGAGAGAUAGAGAGCGAGCGCAAUGCCGCAGCGUUCGCCAUUUGCCAUACAAGAGCUGCUCGGCCUGGCCGUUGCGGCAGCAGCCGAAACGCCAACCGAUUUAACAACGGCAACAACUGGCAACGCGCGCGAAACGCCAACGCCGCCAAAACCAACAACAACAACACCAGCUACGAUAGCAACAAAUACAGCGCAUUACAACAACAGCAACAGUGGCAGCAACGGCAACUUGGCAGCAGCAGCAGCCGUAGCAGCAACAACAGCAACAGUAGGCAGCUUGGCUACUUUGGAGCAGCAACAUUUUAGGGAUCACCAGCAGCAACAACAACAACAACAGCUAACCAUGGCCGCAGCCUCGCGCAUGGCGUAUUUCAAUGCACACGCAGCUGUGGCCGCAGCCUUUAUGCCCCAUCAGCUGGCCGCUGCAGUGCAUCAUCAUCAUCAUCCGCAUUCACAUCCGCAUUCGCAUCCGCAUACACAUCACCAUCCGCAUCAUCCACAUCAGCAUCACACGCAGCAACAGCAGCAGCAGCCACCGCCGCCGCCGCUGCCAGCAGCAAUACCAAUGCCACCGCAUCACCCGCUGCUGCAUGCGCAGGGAUUUCCUCAACUGAAGAACUUCGCUGGCACUGGAACAUGCUUAACGGGCUCUUUGGCUGCCAAGGACUUUGGCAUGGAUGGCUUGAAUGGCUUCGCUGUCGGCCCCGGCCUAGGGCCCAAUGGCAAAAAGAAGAAGAAGAAGCGUCGGCACAGCCGCACCAUAUUCACCAGCUAUCAGCUGGAGAAGCUGGAGGAGGCAUUCAAGGAGGCCCAUUAUCCCGAUGUCUAUGCCCGCGAGAUGCUCUCACUGAAAACGGAACUGCCGGAGGAUCGCAUACAGGUUUGGUUCCAGAAUCGUCGCGCCAAAUGGCGCAAAACCGAGAAGGUCUGGGGCGGCAGCACGAUUAUGGCCGAGUAUGGUCUGUACGGAGCUAUGGUCAGGCACUCGCUGCCGUUGCCAGAGACGAUACUCAAGUCGGCCAAGGACAACGAUGCGGUGGCACCCUGGCUACUAGGCAUGCAUCGGAAAUCGAUUGAGGCGCAAUCGACGCUGAAGGACGACUCUGGCGUCAGCGAUCAUGAAGACUCAGCCGGCUCCAAGUCCGUGCACUCGGAUGAACUGCGCUCGCAUUCGCGCGCGCUCAGCUCGUCGACGGAGUCCUUGAACGUGGUCAGUCCGGCGCCCAGCAGCUGCCCGACGAACGCCUCCAAUGCGCCGCCCACGUCGACGACGCCGCAUGGCAGCAGCGGCUAUGCGGCAGCCUCAUCGGCGGCAACCACGCCCACAGGCGCCACCACCAACAGCUCCGGAUCGCCGCACAUUGAGCUCAGCUCGCCAUCGCCCUCGCAGCAACAGCAACUCCAGCAGCAGCAGCAACAGCAACAGCAGCAGCAGCAACUCCAACAGCAGCAACAGUUGCUCCAACAGCAGCCGCCGCCCGCACAGCUUUAUGCAGUUGCCACGCCCAGCUACCAUCCGCUGCUGGAUGCGGCAAAUGCAGCAGGCGCCGGCGCCGCAGCCUCUAGCAAGGAUUUCCAUAUGAUAAUGAACACAGCCGUGGCCGCAGCUGCAGCAGCAGCUCAACAUCAGCAACAGCAGCAGCAACAGCAGCAGCAGCAACAGCAGCAGCAGCAACAGCAGCAACAGCAACAGCAGCAACUGCAUGCGCAGCACUUGUCAGCAGCAGCUGCUGCUGCAGCACUCAUGGAGCACGAUCCGGAUGCGUUUAGAAACAACUCGAUCGCCUGUCUGCGUGCCAAGGCGCAGGAGCACCAGGCGCGGCUGCUCAACAACGGCGGACUCUUUCUGCAGGUGCGCAGCUUUGCACAGGCUCAGGCGCAGGCACAGUGUGAUAUGCUCAAGGAGCGCAGCAACAACAGCAGC